AUGGCGUGGGUCGCUGUCCACCACCUCGGCGACCAGGCGCCUGACGCGGCCGUCAGUCAGGCCGUCUAUGCGCUGGCCCACGACGUGGAAUUCUUGUCCGCCUGGAGCGUGAUCGAAGAGCUGUUGGACCUCGAAAAGGCCUCGCUGUCGGACAUGCACGAAAAGCUGCGGCACGAGGUCAACAUCGGCUCGCGCGUGAGCCUCGAAACCGCCACGGUUCCGUGGCCCAGCCUGAAAUCGUUCGACGAGUUUUUCAUCGGACCACUGAUCAAGCUCAAGUCCGGUCGAGCCAAGCAACUCCUCGUGGCGUGCUUGCUCGACCAACUGGGCCUGAGCUCGAGUGACCGCGCCAUUCAACGCUUGGUCAGCUGUCUGAUGGCGGUGACGCUGCCUUCGGCCUUUGCCGAGGGCACGGUGCGGCAGGAGGUCGAGCGCGACAACCCCGACGCGCUGGGCGUGCUGCGGCGGCUGGCCGACGAGCCACAGUUCGACCACCUGUGGCACUGGAUCGGGAGGCAAGAAGAUACCGAGGAGCAACGCCAGCAGAAGCGGCUGAAGCCAUUUCAGCUGGGUAGGGGACAAUCGAGCGACUUUGAGUGGGACAGCAAGGGGCUGCCGCUCACCACGCGGGCCGACCUGCAGCGGUUCUUCGACGCGCCCCUGCCCGCCCACUGGUCGACCGGCAAAUGGAUGCCCGAUCUGACUGGACUUGAUGACGAGGACUGGAUCGGCCAGCAGGUGAAUGAGGACACGUGUGCCCCGGUCAUCCGAGAUCUGGCGUCGCGAUGCGAGGAUGUCCAGCGUAUGGCCACCAUGCGCUUGGUCCUCCAGUGGCAGGCAAAGCUGGCGAUCAAGUGGGGCGCCAAGCUGAUCGGCUACCAGCGCGUUAUCAACAAGGCACUGCUCAUCGAGCGCCUCCUCAUCGCCUGCGCCGUGGCAAGCCAUACACCGACCACGUUCCGGGUGGCCGGCUUCGAUAGCAAGUGUUUGCCUCCCACCGGCAGUCUCCACGACGAAGUGGGCCAGUACAUGCGCGACUAUCUCGAGCUCUUGCGCGAUGUCGACGAGCCAGAGAGCGUCCGAACGCCAAUUCUCAAUCUCAUCGCCAUGUUCCCGGAGCACUGGUCUGUCACGCUGCCGCAUGUGGCCGCAGUGUUCCACAGCGCGGCGGAGAGCUUGUCUCUGCGGGCCACAGCCCUGUCGACGUUCUCCUUCAUCGCCUGCAGCCACGAGGAGAGAGAGCAAGUGAGGCAGGCGAUCGCUGAGCUGAGCUCCUUCCUGCCACCGCUCCACGGUGUGGUGUCGCUGCGCGAUGUGGCGGCGAGUGCGUUGGCGAGCAGUCAGGUCGGCAAGCACAAUGGCUAUGAUUGGGAGGGACUGCCGGAGGAACUGAGAGGGCUGAUGGAGCGCAAGGCGUGGGCUUGCGCAGAGAACAACGAACCCUAUCGCCACCUUCAGAUGUCUGCAGCCCUGGGCAUGUGCAGGCUCCUCCUGCGUGCGCAUGGCGUUGUGGGCAGUGAUACCGCGGUCAGCGGCAAACAAGCCGCACCGAUUGAGUGGUCGGUCGUGAUGUCUGAGCUGGAGCUGGAGCUGAGCGCCUGGCUGCCGAGCAUCAAGUCCGUCCUGCACGCUGGUCUCGCGGAGGGCUGCAGCGGAGCAGAUCUGGGGCGCACCUACCUGCGUCUGCUCUUCGGCAGAGACGCCCUGGAUGAGCUCGUGGCGUUGCUCCUGGUCGCACUGCGGGAGGGCGGCGAGGAUUUGACCCCGGUGAGAGCGAUGGAGAUGGCGCGAGAGAUCGUCGAGCAGUGCUUCAUGGACCACACGCCUGCGCCGCCAACACCCAUUGGCGUGGUGCAUGGUGUGCGCCCUGUGCCGCUGACCGAGGAGCGUGCGGAGAUCUUGCGCAUCUUUGUGAGGAUGAUGGCACAACGCUGA